AUGAAGCCUUCGCAGUUCGCUUCGAUAUUGCAAAAUGACUUUGAUGUCGGGUAUUGGGAUAUGAAGGGCGCGUGGUCGGUUGCGGAAGAAAAUAUCAUUAGGAGACAAGCAGAAUAUAAAGCACACGGUGAUAUGUUUCUACAAAAUGUCAUGGUAUUGAUGCUUCAGAAAUAUCUACCAGAUAGUUUACCACCGGGGUGUUUCGCGAAUUUCUACAAAUUCAUCAACAGCCAUUCACUUUUCCGCCUCAUCCUGGCAUUCAGACUCCAACUCUACUGCCGUCGAGAAUUCCGUCUUUUCCCACCAGAUCCACGCUUCUACCGAAAGCAGAUGAUAACCCUCCAACGCUGGGCUACCAGUCGGAUUCCAGUGACCUCAGAGGAUGAAUUCAACAAAGCAACCCAACUUCUAGACAAUCUAGAAAGAAAUCUGGUCGACAUCGCAGACGAUGACCCAGAUCUUGAAGCCGCGAUUAGAAGGGUUAAUCCCGUUCUAGGCGCCCGGGUCCUUAAUAGACACAUCUCACAUCUUGAAAUGGGCCCCGGUCUUUCUGCAGCUGCAGUAAUAUCUGAAGAUAUCGAGUGGCUUACGGAUGUCUGUGGAGAUAUCAUGUUUUUGAUAUUACACCGGGGUAUCAAACAGGCGGAAACGGAUUUUAAAAUCAACGAGGGGGUGGUAGAUACGCCUGAUAAUACUACUGCGGAAGAGUAUAAUAAAUGGCAUUUAUAUUUAGACCAAGUUACCGAGGAAGGAACGAAAAGACUUACUCUCGAAGAUAUUCAUAAUAAAUUCCUUCAAAUGGAAGAUCAAGACAGUCAAGAUAUGAACGAUGCUUCAUCAUCAAAAAUCGAAGAAACUCCAGAUAUCCCUCCAUAUCUGAGAAGAGUCUUCCAAGGUAUCUACGGCAGAAUAGCAAGAUCAACAGCUUCCAACACCACCCGCCGGCACCACCGCGACGAAGACAAUACCACAGGAAAAGGCUGGGACUUCAUCACGGAAGACGAUACAGCCCCAGAAAUACCACCUGAAGACCAACUCCCCGGUAUUAGGCUACCAUUCGGCGCAAAACCAGGCAGAAGAAACAGAGUACCCUCAAGAUCAAACCUAUCGCCGAUAAACAUCCGCAACCGCCUCCUCAAACGAAACUCAAGAACCAAAUCCAUAGAUAUAUUCACAAAUGACACCGACACCAUCGACACCCUCAGUCCCACAUAUCAAUCCCUAACACUCCCAGACCCCUCCGGGAGAAUAUAUUCAACCCCAAACGGCCAAAAAGACACACUGGACAAUCACCGCUUUAUGUCCCUCUUAAAAUUACUUAACUCCAACUCAGAAGACUCAACAGAACCUUUAAACCAAGAACCCCCCGACCUCCCAUCAAAAGAACCAUCCUCCAAAAAACCAAUCUUCUUCGGCCCAGCCCUCUGGAAAGCACCCCAGAAACCUCCCCCUCCAACCUCACCCACCUCAACCCCGCAAGAACCACCCACAUCAACCCCAAAAAAAGGUUCCUUGGCCCCUCAAACCCCCUUCCCAAUCCGCCGUGUAGACUCCAGCCCAAUAAAAACCCCACCCCCUCUCCCCAAAUCCUCACACUCCCCUUUCAACCUCUCCACCAUUCAAAACCUCGAUUCAAUCCUUCACAACCUCGCCGCUGCCAAAAAAACCGAUCGAGCCGCCAUCAAACAAUAUCUAAAAUUCAACCCAAUUCCUCCAUUAGGAAGCGAAGACGAACAAAUUGAAGAAGAAGAAGAGGGGGGAGAAGAAGAACAGGAACAACAAGAAAGAGAACCCCAACCCUCAAAAAUCUUAACCCUCCACAAAAAAAACCUCUACCAACCUUCAACGAUAGAUAUAGAUAUCCAAAAACUAAAAGAAGAACUCGAAGAACCACCAAAAACUCAAAUCGAGAAUUUAAAGUCUCAAAUGCAGGAUUUAUUCUCAUCUAUCAAAAUCAAACAAUGA